AUGCCAUCCCACUUCGAUACUCUUCAAUUGCACGCUGGUCAGGAGAACCCUGACGACAACAACCACAGACCUAGAGCUGUGCCAAUCUACUCCACCACUUCCUUUGUGUUCAACGACUCGCAGCACGGUGCGCAGUUGUUUGGCCUAGAAGUGCCAGGCUACAUCUACUCCCGUUUCCAGAACCCUACUAACAACGUCCUGGAGGAGAGAAUCGCUGCGCUGGAAGGCGGUGCCGCUGCGCUGGCUGUAUCCUCGGGCCAGGCUGCUCAGACUUUGGCCGUCGCUGGUCUAGCGCACAACGGUGACAACAUCGUGUCCACCUCUUUCCUAUACGGUGGUACUUACAACCAAUUCAAAGUCGCUUUCAAGAGACUGGGCAUCGAGGCAAGAUUUGUCGAAGGUGACAAGCCAGAGGACUUCGAGAAGUUGUUCGACGAAAGGACGAAAGCUGUCUACUUGGAGUCCAUCGGUAACCCAAAGUACAACGUCCCAGACUUCGAGAACAUCGUCGCCGUCGCCCACAAGCACGGCAUCCCAGUCGUGGUCGACAACACCUUCGGUGCUGGUGGUUUCUUCUGCCAACCUAUCAAGUACGGUGCCGAUAUAGUCACACACUCCGCUACAAAGUGGAUCGGUGGCCACGGUACUACCAUCGGUGGUAUCAUCGUCGACUCCGGUAAGUUCCCAUGGAAGGACUACCCAGAAAAGUUCCCUCAAUUCUCGAAACCUGCCGAGGGUUACCACGGUACCGUCUACAACGAGACAUACGGUAACUUGGCAUAUAUCGUCCAUGUCAGAACUGAACUGCUAAGAGACUUGGGUCCAGGUAUGAGUCCUUUCGCUGCCUUCCUGCUGCUACAAGGUGUCGAAACUUUGUCCUUGAGAGGUGAAAGACACGGCCAGAACGCUUUGGCCUUGGCUAAAUGGCUAGAAAAGAACCCACAUGUCGCUUGGGUUUCCUACCCUGGUCUUCCAUCCCACUCACACCACGAAAACGCUAAGAAGUAUCUAUCUAAUGGUUUCGGUGGUGUGCUAUCCUUUGGUGUUAAGGACCUACCUAAUGCUGACAAGGAGACCGACCCAUUCAAGCUAGCUGGUGCUCAAGUUGUUGACAACUUGAAGAUUGCUUCUAACUUGGCCAACGUCGGUGACUCAAAGACUCUAGUCAUUGCUCCGUACUUCACCACUCACCAACAACUUUCUGACCCAGAAAAGUUGGCUUCCGGUGUCACUAAGGAUUUGAUCCGUGUCUCCGUCGGUACCGAAUUCAUCGAUGAUAUCAUUGCUGAUUUCGAACAAUCCUUUGCCAAGGUCUACGGUUCCAACUAA